CAUCAAACAAGUACUUUGUUUUGACGAAAUAUCAUACGAACUCAUUAGAAUGAAAAGCACAAUCUGUGCUUUUAAAGUUCUUUGAUCAACGAACACAUAAGACAGCAAAAAUCUUGCCGGUGUAAGUUUAUGAAUUAUUCUUCUUGGCGACCAGUAACUGCGAUGUGUUAUCAUGCGCUUUGUUUCCGAGUGACCUCUACUAGUACUCUUCAUUUCUCAUCCAUCCUAAUUUUUCUGUAUCCUUUUCACAUACUAAGAAUUAACUUUAACCCUCUUGACCCGCCUGCGUAUUCAGUUUCUCAGUUGUGAGAUGGCUGUGGAAAAGGCCCACCAAAAGCUCAUCCCUCCCCUUACGCCACUCCCCCUGCCCCCCAAAAAGGAAUGUCUGUUUCUUUCUCCAGAAAAACAACGUCGCUAUGAUGCGUGUUCCUGUUUGUUUACCGGGUUUGAACUGCUGCUAGAGUUGCUUUUAGCACCGCCGUGCUUCUGCUACUGUUGCUAUUGCUGAUUCAACUGCUGUUGACGCUUGACGAGCUAAUCUUUACAACAGGCGCCACUUAUUCGCGUGUUAAACGCCCAGCCAAACACCGUGCGCCAUCACAGACUCAUCGACACACACACAGACUGACAACGCAUGUUUGUUGUACGUUAUAGAUAUACUACGUUGAAUGAAUAGUUGUUUUAGCAAAACCUACUCCUGGCUCUGUUGUGUAUACUCAAUGUAGGACUAAAUGCGCUAUCAUUUUUGGCUAUUGCUUCGUUUUACCGUCGGCGUUGCACGCUGUAUUGUAGACCAGGCUGACAUUUGCGUUGAGAUCAAAACCAUUUUAUCGAUUGAAUCGUUAGGUGGUCAAUGCCUUGCGUCGAUGCAAUAAGGCACAUUGUAUUUAAGUAUGUAUUAGAUACCAUUGCGGAAGUUAAUAUUACGUCGUAACCGGCGACAGCGGUGCAUUCGUCUAGUACACGCCUGUAAAAUAUGACCGAUAUUCUUCUUGCUUGUUCUUGUUACCGACGCGUUUUCUUUUCUCCUCCUUCGGAACACGACUACGGUAUUUUGGUACUAGUGGAACUAGCAGUAGCCAGGUGGUUGAAUCGACAUUGUUUGCAAAUCGUUUAGUACAGAAUUUUAUUCGUAUUAUUAUUAUUAUUAUCGAUAUUACGGUCAUGGUCGUCGUUUUCGCCUCUGCCAUCAUAGCCGCCUUGAGUGUAAUGACAUAAUGAGACAUAUAUGUUUGCACUGGAAAAAAGAGUUGCAAUUUCACGCCGCGCCAUAAGACGUCGACUGCCGUCACUGCUACGUAGUUGUUGUCAGCCGAAACGGCCAGCGAGACUGCUUUCUAUACUAGAUAAGGCUGAUCGGCUACAGCGGCUGUGGCUGCUUUUGUUCUGCAUAGCCUGACGUAACCUACCGUUGGUACAAAUGCCUACCUCAGGCCUAAACAGCGCCCAAACAUUCCCUAAUUGUCUGCGCCAUUACCAGUAGAUGAAUGUAUCAGUUGUCGGUUGAGGUAGCCCAACUUAGGCGAAUGGAGAGUGCAGGGAACAACGAAGCGAGCUUUGGGUAUAACCUAAAAGAACUCCUGCGCACGUGGAGAUCAGCUGAUUGUCGACCCUCACCUGGUGGCUCUUUCCCACUGGGCCACCGUGCUUGUAGAGUGGAAACUGCUCUAUCGGUGACUAUAAUAUUGGUUGCUUAGUUCACGCAAACAUCGAUUUUAAAGUCGACUAACGACAAAUACUGUCAAAAUAACGCGGCCAGUCGGUGAACAACGGCCGUGUGUCGAUCUGAAAGGACGUGUCAAACAAUGAUACUACAAAAAACCUACGCAAUUGCCCACCAUCGAUUGUCGUAUAUGUGCCGAUACGUGUGAAAAAAACAGUUUUGAAGUGCGAAGUGAGGGGAACGGCUAGAUAAGAAAAACUGCCUCAGCAAACGAGAAACAAUUGGCCCUGUGCAGAAAGGCCUCGUCGGGCCAGGCUCGUCAGGUACUGUCUAUACGCAUUUGACGAUGGUCGAAAAAAUGACUACGUUUUCAUCGCCGUACGCGCUUACCAGGCGCGGGAUCACUGCCAAUGAGUUGUUGGCCAACGCAACAGAAGGAGAUCCUAUUCUAGACUCAUGGGUGGAUCUUUACUACGCAGCAUCGCAUCCGUCGACCCCGCCUUUACUACCAGCAUCGCAAAUAGAAAAGCUACUUCUCGAGGCUCAGCGCGAAUCGAAUCAGAGUUCUCUUAAGAACUCUGGCUACUGCUCACCCCGUACUCCAAAGAGUCUUGCCAGUAACCUCUCUGUUCACGACGAUAUGCUACACUACAAGGACGCUGACCCAAGUGAAUGGAUUUGGGACUGGAGCGGUCGACCGGAAUCGUCUGUGUCUGCGCGUGACCUCAAAUAUGGUGGUCAGUCUGGAAAAGCAAAUCUGUCACUCCGACACUCGCGGGUGAUUCGCAAGGGUGUAAUCAGCGAAGUGCUACCGCUCUUUGUUUUCUCGAACCUCUUGUCGAUCAUCCUUGGAGCCGGCAUCGGCCUGUUCUUUGGCAAGCGGUGGAGCGCCGCGCGUAACCUCUCUGUUAUUGGGCUUGAUUAGGGAACGCGGACAUCAAUGAUGGUUGGAAGGGGGCAGGAAAAAGCUGGAGGACCCAAAAGCAGGAUGAUGAUAAGAUCAUUGAAUUAUUAUAUACUAUAUAUACUAUUCCACAGUGACGAUACAAGCAUCAACAUCAGCAACAGCAGCUGUUGCGUCGAUCACGAACGACUCUUGUAGGCACUACGCAUCUCUAGAGGUCACCGGAGGCGAGCUGGAAUUAAGGCAGAAACUAGUUUGGUGGUGCUCAGUCAUUGCCCUAUCUACGAAUAAGCGUAUUCAGCUUACAAUGAUAGAAUGGAUAUAUCGAAGUGAAACAUUUAUAAGUAACAGAUCCUAAGCUGCAUUUUAAAUGUCCAUGCAAGUGGCAAAGUCAACGUUGACGAUAGCAAUUCGUAGUCGAUGUAAGCGAGAUAAGGGAAAAAGAUCAGUCGAGCUUAUUUAACAAACGGCAGACCUCCAGUGGAUGACAAUCGAGAAAAAGGUUAAUUAAGUAACAACUUGCUCUUUGUGUUCACAAAAUCCCCGGAACCAUCAUUAGUGCUGCUAUCUGUUUGGUUCCCCACCCUCACGUCGAAUAGACGCUAACCACUGGGCGACCGCUGAGGACCAAAAAGAAAAUACAGGAAAAGAAAACAACGAACAGAAAGACUGUAGUAAUGGUAAUGGCCUUUGGUCCUCGAUAAUCAAGACAGACGACAACACGACAUACCUCUACCAUUUCGCGUGCACCGGAGACAGACAUGUGUCGCAAUUUGCAUUAGACACGGAGCAGAAACACAUCGUGAGCAGAACACGAGCGCCAAUAUCUAAUGUACGAUUAUGUAGUAAUAACAGUAAUCUAAAAUAUAUAUAAAUAUAUACAAUUAGGUACAAUGCCCUGUUAAUAAGAAGUAAGCCCAAAUGGAUAUCAAUUGAAUCCUAAUACGCAGCAAGAGAUAGAAAUGACAUUCUAAGGAAGUUAAAAUUGUUUGAAUGCUAGCUCUCUAAAAGUAUGGCGAUGUCGGUUCAUGUCUAAUUACUAGCCCAUGUGAAUGAGAAUUGUCACAACACAGGCCAAAAGAAAAAAGAAAAAAUUGUCUUUUAGUGGAUAGACAAAUUUGUGUUGAUUACACAUUAUCGCUUACGAGAUUAGCCAGUAAGGAUCGAAGGACCAAGCGCAUUGGCUUACUUAGCUUGUUAGAGACGAAACGUAGGAAUAAGAUCUAUGAUUAUUAAAAAAAAAGCAAUAAAAAUCAUCAACUGUAUGAGUGGCUUGCCCCUAAACAUUUUCUGCCUAGUUUGUUCCGAGCUCUAUCGCACCCCCAGCUUCUCCAUUCCCUUGUAUUUAACUUGCAAUGUUCUAGUUCUUACAGUCUUUUACCCGAGCUAUGAAUAUUGCAAACGUUGGCGUCGAUCAGUGGCUCGAUUGACUAAAACAAACGUGUUAGGACUGAAGGUGGUCUCAUUGGGAAAAAGGGCUCGAUUUGAGACCCUUAUUUGGUAAACAAGCUAAGUAUCGCUUCGCAAAACCCGUAAUUUCGUUGCAAACAGCGGUUCAUCCCACAUUUUUUUUCCACCUUCGAGAAGAAAUAUCGUAUCCCAUAGUCGUUUGUUUCUUCCUUUCCAGUAGAAAACAAGUGGCGGCUUUAAUCAACUACGGGACAUACGCUUAUGUAAGCGACAGCAUGGAUUUAAAACUGAGAAUAAUUCUCUUUAUCCACAACCAAUGUACCAAAUUUAAAAGACGCUAGGAAGUUAAAUCCUACGCUAUAGUAUUUUGUCAGUUUUUCUUGUCUGCGCUCUUCUAGCUAUUUCCCGCUUACAAAAAUUUCAAGACGCGGUGAGCAAUUCCGAAAUUAAAAAGUAGUGUAGUCGGGAAAAAUCGAUAGUGGGAAGAUGUCAGAGAUUCUAAAGGAAACAAACCAACAAGUAGUAUAUCUAUUUGCGUAUUGUGUACGAGGAUUGAAGAAACUUGCCAGGCGGUUUGCAGUAUUUAGUUGUUGUGUUGAUAUAGCAAGAGAGGUGAUCUAACAAACUAUUUCGAAGCAUACACAAAAGUGUCUACAUAACGAGGUCUGCAAUAAAUAUAUAUAUUUCUACACUCCGAAGACAGUUAAUAAAUCGCUUCGCCGUAUUCAAAGGUGGUUAGAACUUAAGUGAAAAAAGGACAACCAUCUCAAUGCUGGCCGAAUACGACUACGAGACGUAGAUCCUCAAAUAAGUGCAAAUAAGCAAAAAUAGACGAAAUUAUGCAAAAACUACUCGCAGAGACAAAAUCGAUUUUAAAUAGAAAGAACGUCUAUGUAUUAUCGACUUCUCUGGCCACAGCAGUAAGCGCUGCUAUCCGUAUGCUAUUCCAAUCAACCAAAACAGAUGGCAAUUAAUACUGCAGAAUAUAACUUCAUAAUGAAAAAGUAAUGAUGCGUCCUAUCGUCGUCGUCGUCCUCUCUUGCAUACAGAAACAAAGAGGAGAUAUAGUCAUGGCCUAUAUAACAAGCCAUCAAUCGAACAACGUAUGGGAUUUCAGAAUAUCUCCCCUGUCCCAAUUGUCCCAUACUAGAACCACUAGCCUAACAUUGAAACCAAUAACUAUAGCAGCAGCCUAAGUUACAGGCAAGAAUAUACAUAGGUAACGUCAUACUGGUAAUUAGUAUUAGUAAUAUUAUUAUUAAUGGCGAUGAUGAAAUAAUUUACGUGUAAUAAUGGUAACUGAAAGCAACUUAUUCAGUGUAUAUCGAUGUACUGUAUAUACCUACGUAAACAGAUGUAGUAAUGGGGAUAUAGACAAAACGACAAGUGGGAAAUAUUAAUAAAAGCCUAUGUUUAAUACUUCGCUUUUU